GCGCACCGCGCGGGCCGCGCUUCCUGCCUGGCCGCGGGUCCUCCUCCGCGCGGUGACGCGCCGGGCUCCGGCCAAAUCGGUCGCUCUCCCUCCCUCGCCCGCCCCGCCGCCCGCAGGCGCCCCGAGCCGCCGGGCUGUCGCUGGGACGUCGCCUGCCUGGGAGUCGCGGGCCGGCCCCGCGGGGAUGCCACCGGCGCGAUGCCCUUCAGGAAAGCCUGUGGGCCGAAGCUGACCAACUCCCCCACGGUGAUCGUCAUGGUGGGGCUCCCCGCCCGCGGCAAGACCUACAUCUCUAAGAAGCUGACCCGCUACCUCAACUGGAUCGGCGUCCCCACGAAGGUGUUCAAUGUGGGUGAGUACCGCCGGGAGGCCGUGAAGCAGUACAGUUCCUACAACUUCUUUCGCCCCGACAACGAAGAGGCCAUGAAAGUGCGAAAGCAGUGUGCCUUAGCUGCCCUGAGAGAUGUCAAAAGUUACCUGGCAAAGGAAGGGGGACAAAUCGCGGUUUUCGAUGCCACCAAUACUACUCGAGAGAGGAGACACAUGAUUCUUCAUUUUGCCAAAGAAAACGACUUCAAGGCCUUUUUCAUUGAGUCUGUGUGUGACGACCCCACAGUUGUGGCCUCCAACAUCAUGGAAGUUAAAAUCUCCAGCCCGGAUUACAAAGACUGCAACUCGGCAGAAGCCAUGGACGACUUCAUGAGGAGGAUCGGCUGCUACGAGGCCAGCUACCAGCCCCUCGACCCCGACAAGUGGGACAGGGACCUGUCGCUGAUCAAGGUGAUCGACGUGGGCCGGAGGUUCCUGGUGAACAGGGUGCAGGACCACAUCCAGAGCCGCAUCGUGUACUACCUGAUGAACAUCCACGUGCAGCCGCGCACCAUCUACCUGUGCCGGCACGGCGAGAACGAGUACAACCUGCAGGGCAGGAUCGGGGGCGACUCGGGCCUGUCCAGCAGGGGCAAGAAGUUUGCCAGCGCCCUGAGCCAGUUCGUGGAGGAGCAGAACCUGAAGGGGCUCCGGGUGUGGACCAGCCAGCUGAAGAGCACCAUCCAGACCGCGGAGGCCCUGCGGCUGCCCUACGAGCAGUGGAAGGCGCUCAACGAGAUCGACGCCGGCGUCUGCGAGGAGCUGACCUACGAGGAGAUCAAGGACACCUACCCCGAGGAGUACGCGCUGCGCGAGCAGGACAAGUACUACUACCGCUACCCCACCGGGGAGUCCUACCAGGACCUGGUCCAGCGCCUGGAGCCCGUGAUCAUGGAGCUGGAGCGGCAGGAGAACGUGCUGGUCAUCUGCCACCAGGCCGUGCUGCGCUGCCUGCUGGCCUACUUCCUGGACAAGAGCGCAGAGGAGAUGCCCUACCUGAAGUGCCCCCUUCACACCGUCCUGAAGCUGACGCCUGUCGCCUACGGUUGCCGCGUGGAGUCCAUCUACCUGAACGUGGAGUCGGUCAACACACACCGGGAGCGGUCGGAGGAUGCAAAGAAGGGACCUAACCCGCUCAUGAGGCGUAAUAGUGUCACCCCGCUAGCCAGCCCCGAGCCCACCAAAAAGCCUCGCAUCAACAGCUUUGAGGAGCACGUGGCCUCCACCUCGGCCGCCCUGCCCAGCUGCCUGCCCCCGGAGGUGCCCACCCAGCUGCCCGGACAAAACGUGAAAGGACAGAACGUGAAAGGCUCCCGGAGCAGCACCGACUCCUCCAGGAAGCACUGACGCAGACGCGUCGCGGCCUUCUGUCUCCGUUUCUGCAGCUUAGCUUGUGCCCUGCCAGCCACCCCAGGCCGAACGACCCCAAGGACUUCUGGAACGGGGUGGGGCGGAGGAGAGGGGGAGGGAUCUGCGGCUGAAGAGAACGUGCCUGGCUCGGGUCGGCUGAGACCCCAGAAAGCCACGUGGGUCCCUGGCUCCCUGCCUUGAGCCACAGGCCCCUCGCCCUCUGCUCUCCUCGUCCUCCCAGGGGUGUCUGGCCUUGGGGACCCUCCGAGGUGCUUGGGAAGACUCCGGGCCGAGGAGGGGCCCCGUCUGCUGUGCUGUUUUGUGUGUAUGAUCGUGGACUGGCACAGUCCAAGCUGGGAGGUGACAUUGGCAGCAGAAUCCUAAAAUUGAAAGCGGCCGGAUGGUAGCCACCGCAGGGCAAGGGACAUCUAAGAGCUUUCACAUGGCGCUCGUGGGCGUCUUGGCCUGGGAAGAUGCCUUGCGGGGAGCAGACCUGGACGGGCGCAGGGUGGGUGCCUCUUCUGCAAGACGCCCCUGAGCUGAGACUCCCCCGUCCGUGGGCUGAGCGGAAACGUGCCCUCCGGGACAUGCACGGCCCGUCCCGGCCUGUGUUCUGCCUCUAAAGAAGAUGUUUCACGGACGGGCUGGCUUCGGGGGCGGAAGGAAGCUGUUUUGCUGAAAUACAGGAACUGGGGCCUCCCUCCCUCUGCCAGGGAGCUCCGGGGUCCGCUCUGUUCUCCCUGGACUUGGAGGUGCCCGAGAGUCUUGCUGUCCUGGAGCUGCUGCGUUUGCACUUUGUCACAGCAGAAGUGGUGUCGGGGGUGUCGUGCCCUGGAGGCUCGGAGCCUCCGAGUGCCCGCGUGGGGGAGUUUUGGAGCACUCGAUCCUCGGAUCCUUGCAGGACUGACCCCGCCAGACGACAGGGAGGAGAACGCCUGGCUUCCCUCCUGCAGGACUGGCUUUGUCGCCCGGGUGUUCCUGGUGGGGACAAUCGCCCAAGCAAGGACAGUCCCGGGGCUGCCUGCCGCAUGCCUGGCGCAGUGCCGGGUGCCCCGGGAGGUCAGGAGAGUGGAAUGUCGGCCUGGCCUCGCCUGCACAGCAUCUGUGACGUUUUUGCGGCGGCUGAAAGUGGAGCUUACAGGACGUGGGUUCUGAUCACCUGUCGUUUCUGCCUGUUGAUUUCUCCUCGCUGCCUCGGAUCCUGGGGCAGGAGGGGGCGUCUUGUGCCCGGAGGAAACAGUUUGGAGACUCACAGUAGAGUUUGUCCAAAUGACCCUUUUUCAGGAUGUCUCAAAGCUGGUGCCAAAGGUCACUCUCCUUUCCUGCCUUCUGCUGGGGAGCCCCCAGCCCCUUCUCCCAGCGCAGGAGGUGGGUCCUGGGCGGGUCGGGGAGCUUCGAAAGGACACAUUUCCCUGGUUGGGAUUAGGUAGGAGAAGAGGUUGUGCUGCAGACACUGUACGCCACGUUUGGGGUUUCCAUGGGGAACCACUGGAGCCCUCCCUGCCCAGCCCCUCUCAUUGGCAGCCUUGUCCUGGGGGACGCUUGUGUAUCCGUCCCCUCCCGCCGUGUCCUUAGCCUCGUCAGACUGUGUGGCGGGUGUGUGCACGGGUGUGUGUACCUUGGUCAUAUUUCCCAACGCGAGGGGCCUACGGCUUUGUGCGUGAGGAUGGUUUCUCACAUCCCGCGUUCCGGCCUUGUUCUUUGAACAUCGGCACAGGCGGGGGCUCGGUGAAGGCCUGUCCUGCCCCUCCGACUGCGCAAACUCGAUACGUGAGAUCGAGGGGAGACCUUGGAGAAGGGACAGCCCUGCUGCUCGUGCAAGCCGGUGACCUGCCUUUGGGGGUGGCCUCGGGUUGAGGGGAGCAUGGGCGGCAGUCACGGGACUUUUGCUUCUGCAGGUUCUUCCCCACCCCAAAAAAAACCAAAAACUGGGACCAAUAUUUCAGACUUUGCCCAUUUGUUUUUGCGUGGGUUUACCCCUCCUCAUCCCUAUCUGAGGCUGCGGGCAAAGCUCUUCGUUCUGAGGGAGAAGAAAAACUGUUGGAACCACACCAAUGACAUUUUCAUUUGUAAUACUUGAAAUUUAUUUUUUUAUUAUUUUGAUAGCAGAUGUGCUAUUUAUUUAUUUAAUAUGUAUAAGGGAGCCUGAAACCUAGAAAGCUGCACAGGGCGGGCCUAGUUGUUCCUUGGUUUUGGGGGCCUUCUCUGUGUGACCUGCCUCUUCUCUGUGUUCCGUACACUUGUCUGAGUGACCUGGGACGAAGCUACGUCAGCUGUCAGACAGGGGACGCCUUUCGGAAAUCUGUAUAUUUUGCAGUUGCCAGACCAAUAAAAUGCCUGGUUGAAAUACA